AUGCAACGUUUAUGUGUAUCUGAAUAUGUUGCACUUGGUUCAAGUGAUUUUUGUUCAUUAUUUACAAUAAAUGAAUGGCGUGGUUUUGAACAAGCAAUAAAUCUUGCUUAUUAUAAUACAUAUGCAUACGGAAAUGAAACUGGUCGAGCUCAAGGUAUUGGAUAUGUUCAAGAAUUAAUUGCACGAUUGAAUCAUCAAUUAAUUAAUAUAAGUUAUUCUUCUGUUAAUUCGACACUUGAUUCAUCAGAAAUAACAUUUCCAUUAGAUCAAUUAUUUUAUUUAGAUAUGUCACAUGAUAAUACUAUUGCUAGUGUAUUAACAGCUUUAUCAAUUGAUUAUUUUCGUGAAAAUCUAUCAAAAAUAUUUCCUCCUCCGUCAAAUCAACAUUAUCGACUAUCACGUAUGACUCCAUUUACAGCUCGAUUAAUUAUAGAAAAAAUUGGAUGUACUUCAUCAGUACCAAUAGCAAUAAAUUCAUCACAUACAGAAUAUUCAUCUUCACCUGUAUUAAAACCAUAUAAAUUCAUACGAAUGAAAUUAAAUAAUGGAAUUUUACCAUUAGAUACAAUCCGAGGUGGAUUAUGUUCAACUGGAAGAACAGAUGGUUUAUGUUCAUUAGAUAAUUUUCUUGCUAGUCAAACUAAUGCUAGUGUUAUGGCAAAUUUUAACUAUGUCUGUUUUGGAAAUUAUACUAUUGAUAGUAAUACGAUUAUUACUGAUGGAACACUUUUCGCAUAA